AUGUCAUGCCAGCAGAACCAGCAACGGUGUCAGGCUCCUCCCAAGUGCUCCUCACCCAAGUGCCCCCCCAAGAUCCCUACACAGUUCUCGCCCCCAGUCUCCUCUGGCUGUGCUCCAAGCUCCGGGGGCUGCCAUGGUCCCAGCUCCGAGGCUGGAUGCUGCCUGAGCCACCACAGGCACCACAGGUCCCACCGAUGCCGGCGCCGGAGCUCCAGCUGCAGUGAUGAUGGCAGUGGUCAGCAGUCUGGGGGCAUCGGAUGUGGCCACAGCUCUGGGCAUUGCUGCUGA